CUAUUUUUCUAUCGGGCUUGCAUUUAAGCCCCAGACACUCCUCAGCUGCAUUUGCCUGAAAUAUCUCUCUCCCCGCCUCCUCAAAAUGGAGCUCUGCACUGCUCAAUCCCUCUCUAAUCUUCCCAAAAUUUUCACCUCCCGCCCCAUUCUCAUACUCUCCAAAACCGCCCUCAAUCUCCAGCAAGCGCACAUCCCUUCCUCUGGCCGCCGUUGCAGUCCCCACUCCCGAUUUCUCUCAGUUCCAAGAUCAAUAACACCCGAGGAAUCUUCGAGCGGAGCAAGUCUGUAUGUCACCGAAGAACGAGACAAUGAAGUGACAGUAGAAGUCGAUCCUCCAAGUGAAAAGAAAGUGUACAAUGAGAGCAGCGAAACUGAAGCGCCCCUGGAUGAUUCUCCUGUUGAUGAGCAACUAAGUGAUUUUUGGGCUAACCUGAAGUUUGAAGAUACCUAUUCUAUUCUGUUGUAUGGUGGUGGUACCCUGGUUGCCCUGUGGUUAGCAUCAGCUGUUGUUAGUGCUAUUGAUUCUAUUCCAUUGUUUCCUAAGUUGCUGGAAGUUGUGGGUCUUGGUUACAGCAUCUGGUUCACUACCCGCUAUUUGCUAUUUAAGAAAAGUAGGGAUGAGUUGGCUGCUAAAGUUGAAGAGCUUAAGCAACAGGUCCUUGGAUCCAGUGACAAUUGAUGUGCAGGAUAUAUAAAUUUUUUUGGCACAUUUUGCAUUUAUUCUGCAAUUCUAAUACUUGAAUGUGAGUUAGAUAAGCUUUCUUGUCAAUAUUUAGGUUUCUGGACAAUUAAUAUCUCAAUAAAUAGAGCGGAACAUGUUUUUCAUUA